AUGGGUUCAACAUUAGUAGAAACAAUUAAUAUUAAUGCUAAAGAUUUUACAGAACAUUUUCUGACUUGUUCAACGUGCAUCAAUCAAUACUCGUCGGAUUCACAUGAACAUCAACCAAAACUAUUGCCAUGUUCACAUACAGUUUGUCGUCAAUGCUUAGAACAUAUUGUUAAUUCACAACCAAGAUCUGAUGCGAUUAAGUGUCCUAUCUGUCGAGAACAUAUUCUAUUACCUAGAGGUGGUGUCACUUCAUUUCCACCGUCAUUUUUAGUUAAUCAAUUACUUGACUUAAUGGUUAGUCAACGACGCGAUGUUAUUCCCAAAUGUGAUUCACAUACAAAUGAAGAACUACUAUUUUGUGAAACAUGCGAUAAGAUUUUUUGUCAAUUAUGUGAUCAACAUCAAAUAUCAGCUGAACAUACAGUCGUUCCAUUUUCAUUAGCAAUUAAACGUAUGAAUGAAAUCCUGUCAUUUAAAGCAUCAAAAACUACCAGUUGUUUGGAUCAUGCACUCGAAUUAGUUAACAAUGAAAUUCAACGACUGGAUAGUAGUAUGGAAAAAGCUGCUGAAGCUAUUGAUCGAUCGUUCAAUGAAAUAAAAAGCUAUGUUGAACAUCGCCGUCAUAAUUUAUUACAAUCACUGAAAACAACAAAAGAUUAUAAAUUAAAAGUUCUCAACGAUCAAUUAAAUGUUAUUUUGAAUGAAAAAUCUAAAAUUGAACUGGAAUGUGCUGCAUUUCAACAAGCAUCCGAUAUUCAUGUGUUAACUCAACGUAUACAAGAAUUGAAUGAUCGUAUUGAACGCAUGUCGUUGUUGGGUGAACCACGCGAAAAUUCGUUUAUGAAAUUUGAAUUUCGACAUAAUCAAGCUCUACAAGAUUUAGCACGUUCAUUAAAUAGUGUUGGCCGUAUACGUGUAUCAUCAACAUAUCCUCCAUUAUGUCGAGCAAAAAUUGAAGCACCUGUAGCUAAUCUUCAAUGUGCGAUACAGAUUGAAACAGUUGAUUACAAUGGAAAUAUACGUGUUGAUGGUGGUGAUCCAUUAACAGUUAAUAUUUGGGAUUCAUAUGGAAAAUUAUGUGAAUAUGAUUUAUAUGAUAAACAAAGUGGAGCAUAUACAAUUAUAUUUCGACCGCUAAUUAGUGGAAAUCAUAAAAUCGAUAUAAGAAUAUUUGAUCGUCCUAUAUCAGGUUCACCAUUUACAGUUGAUGUAACAAAACAUAAUAAUCCGUUAUGGACAUUCGGUAAACGGGGUCGAGGUGAACAUGAAUUAUCAAUGCCGGUGAGUGUUAUCGUCGAUAACCGAAAUGAGCGAGAACAAGUAUAUAUACUCGAUCCAGGAAAUAGUCGAAUUAAAUGUCUUACAGUGGAUGGAAAAUUUAUUGAACAUCUCGUAGCUGACUCUCUGGUUGAACCAACAAGUACUGGUUUAGCUUAUCGUUCAUCUACAUCAACAUUCUAUUUGCUUGAUUGGAAAAGUAAAUUUAUAACUGAAUUCACAUUAUUCAAUUCCAAUUCAUCAUCAGCACAUCUCAAUAAUAGUCGAAUUCAUAUAAAUCAUCAAGUAACAUGUUCAUUAUUUAAUGAACCUGUUCAAAUAGCUCUAUUUGAACAACAUUUUAAUUCUUUACUAAUAUGCGACAAUAAUACAUUAUUAAUUAUUGAUAGUCGUACAGGUGAUUUGAUAAAUAAAAUUGAUAUACGUUCAUUUGGUAUAAAAACUAUAAAAGCAUUCACAAUCGGUUUACAAGACGAAAUUAUACUUAGCGAUCAUCGUAUACAUGUAUUAUCAUACGAAGGAAAAUAUAUGCGGCAAAUAUCAUCCGUAAAUCAACAACAAAUUGUUGAUGUCGAUAUACAUAUAACGCAUGAACCACCUGAUCUCAUUGCAUCACAUCAUAAACAAUCGUUAACAUUACCUCAACAUACAAAAUCUAUGAAUAGUCAAACAACAAAAGGAGGAUUUUAUACAGCGCUUUGUGUAGAUAAAAAUGGUCUUCUGUUAGCUGGCAAAUGUGAGAAAGAUGGAAAUGCACAUAUUGAAAUCUAUGAUAAUCAAGGUCAUUUAUUACGUAUUAUUGAUUCUUAUAACCAAAGAUUAAGACGUCCAUGUUCAUUAACAACAACUCAGGAUGGCUGUGUACUCUGUGUUGAUCUAACAACAGAUUCAGUACGAAAAUAUCGAUAUGCUUAA